GGUUGCCAUGGUUACCAGAACCUCCUGGUUUCUUCCUUCGGACGUUUCGGAACCAGUGGCACUAGAUCCAGUUUCCCUCCCACCAGGUGCCAGGCGGUUCUGGAGAACCGGGAUGUUUUCCUGCUCUGUUUGCUCCGCAGCUUCAGGAUCAGCCUCUGACGUCACGCCGCUGCGCUGGUCCAAUCAGCAGCGUCCUGGACCGGGUCUGGGUUCGGUCCGCCGCGCCUGGAACCGCAGAGGGAAGCAGCGGUGGCGGAACCGGGAUGAUCCGCAGAACCGGGCGGUUCUGGUGAGGGAUGGAGACCCGGAGUUCUGGAGUCCGACCCAUGUUCGGUCUGGUUCUGCUGCUGGUCUGGGUCAGCCCGCCGAGCUGCCGGGCCAGCUGGAUGUGGCUGGGCGUGACGUCCGGCGGCGACCCGGUUCUGAGCGGCCGGCAGCGGGCCGUGUGCCGCGGGAAGCCCUUCCUGCUGCCCGGCGUGCGGGACGGAGCCCGGCUGGCCGUGUCGGAGUGUCGGAACCAGUUCCGACUGGAGCGCUGGAACUGCUCCACGACCCGGAACCCUGCGGCCGUGUUCGGCCACGAACUGACGAGCGAGGAAGUGAUGUCAGAACGUCUCCAUCCCGCAGGAACCAAGGAGACGGCGUUCAUCUACGCGGUGAUGGCGGCGGGUCUGGUCCACUCCAUCACCCGGUCCUGCAGCCAGGGCAACAUGACGGAGUGCGGCUGCGACGCCCGGCUGCGCGGCGGCGGCGGCGGCACGGCGGCGGAGGAGGAAGGCUGGCACUGGGGCGGCUGCUCGGACCACAUCCGGUUCGGAACCUGGUUCAGCCGGAGGUUCAUGGACGUCUCAGAGAAGAACUCGUCAAUGGACCGAGUCGGGUUCACGCUCGGCACCAUGAACCAGCACAACGCUGAAGCCGGACGGCAGGCCAUUGAGACGACCAUGUCCACAGACUGUCGCUGCCACGGUAUUUCUGGUUCCUGCGCAGUGAAGACCUGCUGGAGGUCCAUGGCGCCGUUCCAGCGUGUCGGCGCCUUCCUGAAGGAGCGAUACGAGCGCAGCGUCCAGGUGUCGGACCGGGCCAGGAGGAAGACCAGAAAAAAGGACCGGCGCCAUCUUGUGGACAAAAACGAACUCAUCUACCUGAACAAGUCUCCAAACUACUGCCUGGAGGACAGGCGGCGUGGCAUCGCCGGCACGGGGGGGCGCCGCUGCAACCGGACCUCCACCGGCCCAGAUGGCUGCAACCUGCUUUGCUGCGGCAGAGGCUACAACACUCAUGUGGUGAGGAACAUCCAGCGCUGCGAGUGCAAAUUUGUCUGGUGCUGCUACGUCCACUGCAGACGCUGCGAGAGCAUGAACGACAUGCACACCUGUAAAUAAGUCUACACCUGGAAGACAGUCCUGCGUGGAUGAAGGUUCUGAUCAGAUCAGGAUCUGGAUGAAACAGCUGCAGGUCACUGCUGGAGCCUGGAGGAAGCCUGGAAGCAGCCUCCAGGCAGGACUUGGUCUUCCUCCAGGUCUUCUCUGCGGGACGUGUCCACCUGGAGAAGAACUUGAGACCCAACAUGGACACGUUUUCAUUUGCAGCUGAUGUAGUAGAACCUUUAAAACCAGGGAUGUGUCGAUACCGUGUUCCUUCAAACCCAGUACAAGUUAAACGUACAUCCCAGUACUUUCUGAUGCCAGAUAAUGAGUACCAGGUGGUACCUGGUACUCAUUAGUACUGGCUACUAAUGAGUACCAGGUAGUAUCAGGUACUCAUUAGUACUGGGUACUAAUGAGUACUUACACACCAAUACGCAUAACGCGAAAAUUUUGUUUUCAUUCAGUACAUUUAACUACAACAGAACUACAAGGUCAGAGUAUUUUAACUGUAGGACUACUCUACAGUAUUUUACCGACCAGAACCAACAGAACCAUACUCGUUCAGUCCUCCCACUUUUCAACUGAAAACAUUCAUCUUCACCAAGUCCUGAAGCUCAGGCAACUUGGUGAUGGCUAGCAAUCUCCUACUUUGGAGAUUUUGAGAAGAUCUCCAAAUAUCUGCAAAGUACCAAAACUGGCAAUCCGAUCAAACUGUUGGCUGAGAAACGGAGUUAUUAAUUCAGAGAUUACUACAGGGGUGGUUGUUGCUGCUGUUGCAAAACUCCUUGAACUCUGUGGCUUGCUGAUUUCUAACUGUUUUCUCAGAUUGCUGGUGUUGAUCCUCUUGGACCUCCAGACCGCUGACAUGGCGCCUCGUCUACUGCUUUGCUACCCUAGCCUGCUAGCUAACUUCAGUUGGAAAUAGUUUAGCCGUUGGUGGUUUUGUGGCUUCAUUUGCAGCUUCUUUCCUGCAGCAAAGGAUGACAAUCAAUUACAUAUCAAAUACCAAAGGCAAGUAGAACUAAACUAACAUCACCAUAAAUGCUUCUUCUUAGCAGAUAAUCAACUAACAAUGGAGUUUAUCUGUAAACUGAGCUGAAGCAAGUUGAAAUUAUUAGUUUAACUAACAAAAAAUUUCAUAACAUUCUACUCAUAAUUAACACAUGAACUUACAGAUGAAUGUGUUUGGACAGCCAGUCACCGUGAGUCCAGCCUGAAAAUCAAACAAUGUCCAGUAGGUGGCAGUAAAGCUCAACUUGUGAUUCAAAAUAAAACCAAACAAAAGAUUCUGAUGGAGCCAGAGAUCCGGUCCGGUCCGGUCCCGUCCCGCCCUCGUUCCUCCUUCAGACGCCGUUCAUGUUGAAGGUUAAAGGUCGCAGUGUGUCCCACAUUCUCCACAUCCGCACUUUUACGGACUUCGGCGAAGUGUAUUACCCACAAUUCAUUGCUGCACGUGACGUUUUGAGUUAAAAGGCGGAUUUGUGGUAAUGUUUUGUUUUCUCCGUCUUUAUAGAAAAUUCAAAGAAAAUAUUAUGACUAGGCACAUUAAUAAUAAAAAGUUAAAUUAAUAAACUGAGCAGAAAAAAUAAGAAAUAAAAAGAAUAAUCACAAAUUGAGGAAAGUAAAAGAAAAUGUCACAAAUGAAAGACAAAUGUCAAAUCCUACAUUAAGAUAUUAACAUAUUGGAAUAAAAAUUGGGCUUUUAUGAUGUGGCAACGUUUAAGCACUCUCUCAAAUAAAAUAAUUUCCCUAUCAAAUGGAGGUGAUUUUUUAGAAAGCAGCAUUUGUGAAUAAAAUUUAGGAUUAAAUGCAUCAUAAUUUAUUCUCAUCUCCUGUUAAUAGGCCCAAUUUUAUUAAAUUAAACUUAAAGAUGGAUUAGAUUUAUUGUACAAUAACCACUUUUGAAAACUUUCUAAAAACUUUAAUGAAGUCACAAUUGGAAAAAAAUGUAAAAUUUAUUGUCUCAAAAUCUCAGUCACAAAACGCAGGAACUGAUAUUUAUUUUAAAUUUCUUUUGCAGAAAGUUAUUACGGGGAAAACUUUCUGCAUAAUUAUGAAAUUUAUAUCAAGCUUUUUGUGGGAGUGGAAUAGAAAGCUGCUUGGUUUUAUUAUGAUUUUUAAACAAAUAUUUUCUUCUCAGACUAGAUUAGCAGAAAACUGAUGAAUUUAUUGUUACACUUUUGGUUCAUAAAGCCACAACAUUCAUAGUUUCUUUUAAAAAGUUCAUUUUAGUUCCAUUAGUCUUUUAAUUUUUCAAAUGUAGCGUCAGACAUUUUUAUUAUAUUUUAGAUAUGCCAUGUGUUUGUCCUGAACUUGAUCUUUGUUAUUAGCUCCACUUUAUACCAGACUAAUGUUUAGCUGCAUAAAACAGAUGAUUUUAUGGGUAAAAAUACUUUCUCUAUUAGCAAAUAGACUGAUAAAUAAAAUAUUACAUUUUAA